CAAGCGCAGCUGACUAGUAAGAAAAUAUGGUAGUAGGUGAGUCUCUCUCUCUCUCUCACUUAUCUCUAAAAACCACCCGCAAAAGCUCACAUUAACUCUCUCUCUCUAGAGUCUUCGCCGCGACCACAACCAUGGCCGCUGCUUCAUCUGCUCCCAUCUAGCCUCUCCUUCCUCUCCCCCCAACUACCUCUCCCUUUCCAACCACUACAUACCUCUUUCUACUAGUCAGUGGAUACUGGAUAUCCAUAUCUAAUUGAAUUGAAUGGCGUCAACGCCACCACACUGCUCAAUCACAGGAACAACUAAGCCUUAUCAUAGCAGCCCCUAUCCACACAGCCAUUUUAAAAACCACCGUCAAACCCACCACCAAAACCCCCAUCAAAGAUGGACUGCUAAUCAAAGAGUCUCUCUUACCAAACCUCCCCUCCCACCCUCAUCUCGCAAUGCACCAAAACCCCCUGCCACCACCACCACCACCACCACCACUCACCACCCACAAAUCCACCCUACCUUCCCUUCUCUUCAAUCUCCAAAAUCCGAACUUGCCUCCGAUUUCUCUGGUCGCCGCUCCACUCGCUUCGUUUCCAAGCUCAACUUUGGGCGACCUAGAACCACUAUGGGUAGUCGCCACACCUCAGUCGCCGAAGAAGCUCUCCAGAACGUAAUUGAGUAUGGGAAAGACGAGGGGGCUCUUGAAAACGUGUUGCUUAAUUUCGAGUCUCGUCUUUCUGGGACGGAUGAUUAUAUUUUCUUGCUUCGGGAGCUUGGUAAUCGCGGAGACUGUAAAAAGGCCAUUUGUUGCUUUGAAUUUGCAGUGAAACGAGAGAGGAAGAAGAACGAACAAGGAAAAUUGGCGAGUGCCAUGAUUAGCACUCUUGGUAGGUUAGGUAAAGUAGAGAUUGCUAAGAGUGUUUUUGAGGCUGCUCUUAUUGAAGGUUAUGGUAAUACUGUAUAUGCUUUCUCUGCUAUAAUCAGUGCUUAUGGUAGAAGCGGUUAUUGUGAUGAGGCUAUUAACGUUUUUGAUUCGAUGAAACAUUAUGGUUUGAAGCCCAAUUUGGUUACUUAUAAUGCUGUAAUCGAUGCGUGUGGGAAAGGAGGUGUGGAGUUUAAACGAGUAGUGGAGAUUUUCGAUGAAAUGUUGAGAACUGGAGUGCAGCCAGAUCGAAUUACAUUUAAUUCGCUUCUUGCUGUAUGUAGUAGAGGAGGGUUGUGGGAGGCUGCGAGGAGUUUGUCUAGUGAGAUGUUGAAUAGAGGGAUUGAGCAAGAUAUUUUUACUUAUAACACGCUCUUGGACGCCGUUUGUAAAGGUGGGCAAAUGGACAUGGCUUUUGAGAUCAUGUCUGAGAUGCCUGCCAAGAAUAUAUUGCCUAAUGUUGUCACUUAUAGUACCAUGAUUGAUGGCUAUGCUAAGGCUGGUAGAUUUGAUAAUGCACUUAAUUUGUUUAAUGAAAUGAAGUUUCUGUGUAUAAGUUUGGAUAGAGUUUCUUAUAAUACCUUGCUUUCUAUUUAUGCUAAGCUUGGUAGGUUUCAGGAAGCUUUGGAAGUUUGUAGGGAGAUGGAAAAUUGUGGGAUUAGGAAAGAUGUUGUGACUUAUAAUGCACUCUUGGGUGGGUAUGGGAAACAAUGUAAGUAUGACGAGGUUAGAAGAGUGUUUGAAGAGAUGAAAGCUGGGCGUAUAUCACCUAAUUUACUAACUUACUCAACAUUAAUUGAUGUGUAUUCGAAAGGUGGUUUGUAUAGGGAGGCAAUGGAUGUUUUUAGGGAGUUUAAGAAGGCUGGAUUGAAGGCUGAUGUUGUUCUUUACAGUGCUGUGAUAGAUGCCUUGUGCAAGAAUGGGCUGGUGGAAUCAGCUGUGUCUUUGCUCGAUGAGAUGACCAAGGAGGGAAUUAGGCCUAAUGUGGUCACUUACAAUUCUAUUAUAGAUGCAUUUGGCCGGUCAGCAAUCACGGAAUCAGUGGUUGAUGAUACUGUUCAGACCAGUCAGUUGCAAAUUGAAUCUCUAUCUUCAGGUGUUGUUGAGGAAGCUACUAAAAGUCUGUUGGCUGAUAGGGAGGGGAAUCAGAUCAUAAAGAUUUUUGGGCAGCUUGCUGUUGAAAAGGCAGGUCAAGCAAAGAAUUGCAGCGGACAGGAAAUGAUGUGCAUUUUGGCAGUCUUUCACAGGAUGCACGAGCUGGAAAUCAAGCCUAAUGUGGUCACAUUUUCAGCCAUUUUGAAUGCUUGCAGUCGUUGUAAUUCCUUUGAAGAUGCUUCAAUGUUAUUGGAGGAGCUUCGGUUAUUUGAUAACCAGGUUUAUGGUGUGGCCCAUGGACUUCUUAUGGGUUAUAGAGAAAAUGUUUGGGAGCAAGCAGAAUCCCUCUUUGAUGAAGUUAAAUUGACGGAUUCUUCAACAGCAUCUGCCUUUUAUAAUGCCCUGACUGACAUGUUAUGGCACUUUGGUCAGAAAAGAGGUGCACAACUUGUUGUGCUCGAAGGGAAACGUCGACAAGUGUGGGAGAAUGUGUGGUCCGAGUCUUGCUUAGAUUUGCAUCUAAUGUCUUCUGGUGCUGCUCGAGCAAUGGUUCAUGCAUGGUUGCUUAACAUACGCUCUAUAGUGUUUGAGGGUCAUGAGUUGCCAAAAUUAUUGAGCAUAUUGACUGGAUGGGGAAAACACAGCAAAGUAGUUGGUGACAGUACGCUAAGGCGAGCUAUCGAGGCCCUUCUCAUGGGCAUGGGUGCACCCUUUAGGUUAGCCAAAUGCAACUUAGGUCGAUUUAUAUCAACUGGAUCUGUUGUUGCUGCGUGGUUGAGAGAAUCCGGAACGCUAAAAGUGCUUGUACUUAAUGAUGACAGAACGGAUCAAGAAAAUUUGAGGUUUGGUCAAGCCUCAAAUUUGCAAACGCUUCAAUUGAGCUAAUUGUAUCAUGUUGCACAUUUUUUGUCUCCCCUCUUGUAAAUUAUUGGCAUAGAGAUACAGUUGCCUCCCCCACCCCCUGUCGGCGCGUGCAUUAAAUGGACGUGGAGAUGGGCAUUAGAAGUUUUUCAAGUCACAUAGGAGAAGGUGUUCAUAGCACUGUUUUAAGUUGAAAAUGUUUGAUUUUUGCGACAGCCUGUGGACAAAAGAGUAAACAUUUCAUUACAUCUUAGACAAGAAUUCAGGGAUA